UACCUGGCAACAGGCUAUAUGGUGCCAAUUAUCAGUGAAUUUAAAAAUAAAAUAAUUUCGUUCAUUCGAAUUUUGACACCUGUCAUUAUCGAACUGUGAUCUAGAUUCCGAAUUAGAUGUUUUUAGACAAAGAUAUUUCCGUUGAUGAGCCAUAAAAUGUGUUAUUAAAUUGAAGUAGUUUCUACAUAAGUACGUACCUGUGUUUAGUGUGUCUAUGUGUGGCGACAGGCGAGGGAUUAUUGCGGUAAUCGAAUUAGCCGUAAUUAAAUUAGUUUAGUCGCGGGCACUGUGGUAGAUCACGCUCGUACAAAUAGGUUAAUAUUUGAGGACAUUUUAUGAUAAUAGCUUUUGUUUUGUGUUUUCGUGUGUUAUAGUGGUGUUACUGCGAUCUGGCGUCAAUCGAGAUCGACUUGCGAAGCUCACUGAAAGCUCACUUGAAAGCUACGGAAACAAUUAACAUUCUGCGCGAUGGACCCCAGUAUUCUUGCAGCAAUGGACAAAGAGGCACUCAAAAAGCAGAUUGAAAAUAUGAAGUACCAAGCGUCUAUGGAACGCUGGCCACUAUCUAAAAGCAUUGCAGCAAUGCGGGAAUAUGUGGAGGAAAACGAAAAGAAUGAUCCCCUCAUACACGCCCCCGACAAGAAAAACAAUCCUUGGGCUGAAAAAGGAAAAUGCAUUAUCAUGUAAUCUAAUAAAGUAUAAGAAAAAAAAAAAUAUCACCAAAUUCUAAAAUACACAGAUUCUCGUUCGACGUGUUGACGCUUGUCUGGUUGAUAACAAAAUGAUUAGUGAUGCUCAAGAUUCCGCUGAUGAAAAUGAUAAAAUAGAUGUUUCGGACGAGCUAAAUGAUGAUACUGCCAGACAAUAUUCACAACAGAUAGUUGAACAUCGUAAUGAAGCCAAAACUCCACGCGUUACUUUUAUGUUUAUGUAAGUUUUUGUUCCAAACAAAUCUAGUCCCUAUUCUAACAUUGUUAAGAAUGUACAUUUUGACUGUGCGUGACGCAAGGAUGUACUUAUGAAUGAUUUUGUUAAAAGGUUAAAAAUGGUUGUAAAUACGUUAAAUUUUGUAUUUCUAGUAUAGAAUGUUCGGUCAGGAGUCUAUCGGUAGGAGUAACUGGAAAGGUAAUAGCGGACGAUAAAGUGUAAUGGAACAAUGUAAAUUUAUAUAAUUUCGAUGUCAUAUCGACUGAGAGGUCCGAGUUGGAUGUAGUUUUUGAUUUUGAUAACGAUACCUUGAAAACUACCUUAUUGUUAUUUAUUUUGAUAAUUUAAUACAAAUGAACCCAUACAGUUCCAUACAACGCUAAGCAACUUCCUCUUCCAUCUGCUUGUAUGGAGUUGAAGUGGAUUCUUGCAUGGAUCAAUUGAACCGUGAUAAGCUGGUUUAAUUGAUUUAUGAUUUGACAAACAUUUACAUAAAUAAUUUCUAAAUAAACAAACAAUUUAAGAGGUCACCUUCGCUAUCUGGAACUAGUAAUAAAUUGGUAACGUCAAAUGAGAAGAUUCUUUGAGCUCAAGAGUCUUCGCAUUUAGAUAAUAACAAUAUCAUUAAUCUAUAGGGUAAAUCGCUAAUCACAACUUAACAAGUAUUUGCUGAAUCACAGAUCGAUGGAAUGAUUGAGAGUAAACUAGCAAUAAAGUGGUGUGAAGUGUUUAAAAGAACAAUGCUGUUAAACUUAGUGCAGUGAAAGUAAAUUUAAGGUAACUCGAAAGAUUAAAACAUAAUCUUGUUCAAAACAAAAUGUUAAUUGUUAAGCUGAAUUAGGAUACUUUUUUAUGAACACAGGUACAUUCCGCAGUGCCAUUAUCUAGUAAUGCUUAUAUAAAAUAUCUCUUAGCAACCUUCUAUACUCCAAUUUCAAUGUGAUGAUUUUAUCACCCUCGUUCUCCAUGAUCUCUUUGUUUAAUUUCAUCACCUUCUCCAUACAAUCCAGCUUUAAUUUAGGUACUUCUAAUUCUGGUAUUAAAAAUAUAAGUAUUUAAAUUCUACUAUCAACUACAAUUUUAAAUUUAGCACUUGAUUAGCUUAGUAUAAUUCAAAAUUAAAUUGAAAAAAAAAAACCUAAGUCAUUCAAAGUUUACUUGUUAAAGCAAACUAUCGUAGUUUCCUAAUAAAACUUCUUCUAAAUUAUAUCUAAGAUUUCCUGGUUCGAGAUACAAAAACUUUUUUCCCAUUUAUUCAAAUGCUAAUUUGGAUCAGAUUAAUGUCGAAUGGAAAAAAAAGUUUAGGUAUUUCCAACCGUGUAGAACUAUAACUAACAUUCCAUUUAAAAGGAUUGCCUUCGAUCCUCGUUUUGAUUAAAAUAGAAAGUUUAAACUUACGCACUGUAGAUAAUUAUAGAUUAAAAUAAACUCUAACUUUAAACUUAAAUUUCUUAACUUAACCUUCCCUUUACCAUAUCUAGUACAUGAAGUAUGGAAAAUCAUUCUGGCUGUGAAUACUUCAAUUUUUUUAGAAGCUUCACCGUCAUUAGUCAGACCAUCAUUUAUUGAUAUGUCAACACCGACAAUAAUAAUAUUCAUUGCGACCAGUACAUGUAGACCAGUAUCUAGCUUCCAUAAAUUAUCAUUUGCAAAUACGAACUAUGUCAAUUCUUUAUACGUACUCCUUUAGGUUACAUCUUCUAGAUCAUUCUUCAAUCACCAGUUAUCUCUUUCUAACGUAGCUUCAUUUUUUUCUAUCAUCCCUUUCUCACAUAUAAUUUCCUCGUUAUAUCUAUCCUUUUUUAGAGUUAAAAUAGUUAUAAUUAGAAAAUUAGCGAAUAAUUAGUAGAAUUACUUAAGAAGCAAAAAUCAAAGUUGUUUGUUAAUCUAUAUGAUAAAAUUGCAAUCAGAGAAUUAACUUUAGACUAUAAACAAAAUGAUGUAAUUGUUAAUUUAAAAUAUAGUUAAUAAUUAAGGGGUUUACUUGAAAAGGAUAGCGAAGAUUUUCUCUUGAGGAAAAAUUAUGGUUUUCAAGAAAAAAGUCAAGGUAGUUUUCAAGGUGUCGUUUUUAGAUUUAUUUAUUAAUUGAUUACGUUUUUAUUUUUUUUAUAAUUUAUUUCACUGUUAUGCUAAGUUUUAACCAAAGAAUUCCUUGUGACGUGAGCAUUGUCACCGCAAAUGAAAAAGUGAAUAGAAAUCGAAUAUUUAAACGCUAUAUAUUUUUUACGUUAAAACGAUGCACGUUUUAACGUAAAAAAUAUUUUAGCGUUUAGAUUUGAAAUCACUUUGCACUAUUAAAUUUCUAAAUUUUUAAUUAAUUAAGAGUAACUAAAAAGCAGUAAUUUUUAAUGGAUUAAUCCGAAAUUUAAUAACUAGGUAAGGGUGAUAUUGGAAAUGAUUUUUUUAGAAUCAAUAGGUUAAGGUACCGUAUGUUAUUAUUAAUUAUGUAAUCAGUAAUCACUGAAAUAAAUAAAAAUAUAUAAGA